AUGCCACUAUCCACCCCUUCGUCCCGCGAAGAUACGUCACAUACUAAUCGCGACGCAACUUCUCUCGGAAAUGAAGCGCUUCAAGAAGAAUCAUCAACUCCUCGUGUGGAUACCGCUCCGCCUGAACGCGACUCAUUGCCCGUCCGAGUAAGAUUAUUUGUCGGCGGGCUGCCCGGGAACGUCUCAGAAGAUGAAGUUCGAGGUAGAUUCCAGCCGUUCGGGCAGGUCAACCAUGUCAACGUGAUUCUCGCCAAGUCACACCAGUUGCUUCCCGCAUCCGCCGCGGCGCCUCCCUCACAGCAAAUAACUCCUGGCCGUCCAUUUCAAGAGGCGAUCGGAGAUGGAGUCGAUCGGCAGAGCAGCCACGUGGCAGUGUGUCGUGGCUUUGCUUACGUGGACAUGGUUCCCAAGUCCGCCAAGGCCUUGCACCAAUGCUUGUCGCUGUACAACGGGUGCAAGUGGAAGGGGGGGCGGAUGCGCGUGGAACCGGCAAGGGGGAGUUUCCUCGAGCAGAACACUAAAGAGCGCAAGGAGAGGGAGAGGCAGGAGGCCGAGGAGAGAGCGGGUGGUAACCCGGUUACAAAGGCCUCUGCCAGUGUGUGUUUAAGCCCGGAGGAAGUAGCUGCACUGAAGUCGCGGAAGCUAGAGCCAAUGAACCUGGCGUGGCGUGGCGGGAAGAAGGAGGUAGCUGCACUGAAGGCGCGGAAGCUAGAGCCGAUGAAUCUGGCGUGGCGCGGAGGGAAAAAGACGCGGCGCAUGCCAGCAGCGGGGGGGCCGGGGUGUGGGCGGCACAAGCUGAGCUUCCAGCGCCUGGCAGUCGAGCCCUCCCUCUCUGCCGUGCUUGCCCGCGCCGCUGCUGCCACCGCCGUCGCCGCUGCUUCUGAUGAUGGUGGUGGUGGUGGACGUGGUGCUGGUGGCGUUGGUGCUGGUGGUGUUGGUGCUGGUGCUUCUGCUGCGUCUGCUGGUGCUGCUGGUGCUGCUGCUGCUGCUGCUGCUGUGAGGGGAGGAGCACUAGAGGGAGGUGAAGGAAGUCGCAUGAGUGUGACGAUUGGAAAGGGUGGAGGAUUGGAGGGUGCUGGUGGGUAUGCUGGUGUUGGGGAGCAGGAGGAGCAGCAGGAGCAGGGGAAAGAGGGGGAGGAAGGGGGUGAGGAGGAUGGGGGGUUGGAGAGGGAGAGAGAGAUGCAGAGGCGACUGCUGCAAAGGUUCCUGAUGCAGGAAGGGGAAGGGGCGGAGGCAGAGGGGGCGAAGGUGGAGGGGGGAGGGGUGGGCGAUGGGGGGAGUAAGGGGGAUUGGGGGGAGAAGGGUGUGGAGGGGAGGGAUGGGAGUGGGAGUGGUGGGCGGAAGGGAAGUGAGGGGGGAGGGGGAGACGGUGAUGUGGUGAUGAGCGAGGGGCGUGGUGGGGCAGAGGCAGAGGACGAGGAAGAGAAUGAGGAAGAGGAGGAAGUGGAGGAAGAGGAGGAGGACGAUGGUUUGAACAUCAACCUGACAUGGAGUGGGCCCAGCAAAGGCAGCAAAACCAGUGAGAAUAUGAGUAGCAAGGGGUUACAGGAAAUGGAGUCUAGUGCAGUGGCAGCCACGGAAAGGACAGGUGGUGUUGGUGGUGUGAGUGGUGUACCAACUGAGAGCACACAUGUUGCUGCAGGCAGGGAGCAGGGAAAGGCACUGCUGAAAGCAUCUCGUGAGGGAAAUCAAGGGAAGGGAGAAGGUGGAGUGACUCCCGUGGUGAGGGGAGCAGAGGGAAGGCAACGGGAGGAAUUGGCAGGGAUGAAAGUGGUUGGGGAGAAAGGCGUAAAAGAGAAAGAAACAAGGAAAAAGGAAGAGGAGGUUGUGGAAGAGAAAGUACCGACAAAGAAGGUGGGGAGUGAGAGGAAGGAACAAGUGGGGAAGACAGGGGAGGGGGGUUCUCGGUGGGAUAGGUUGUUUGCUGUUGCUUCGUGUGAGGUGGAGGAGGAGGAGGAGGAGGAGGAGGAGGAGGAGGAGGAGGAGGAGGAGGAGGAGGAGGAGGAGGAGGAGGAGGAGGAGGAAGGGGAUGUAGAGGAAGGAAAGGGGAAAGAGGGGAAGGAGCGAGGGCAAAAGGAUUGGGGAAGCUCAAAUCUAAAGGGAGCAUAUGAGGGAAUGGAAGAAGAUGAACUGAAAGAGGAUGAGUUGGAGGGUUGGACAGCAGCAACAGCACCGAGUGGGGGUCUGGCGGAGAGGCAGGAGCAGGUGGGUAGCGCGUGGGUGCAGAAGUUCACGUGGAAAUCGCUCACUAGCGCUGAUGGUAGACUUUCCUUCUCCCUCAAACCGGUUCUGGUGCCUGAGUGUCCUUCUCCUGGCGAGCUGAGCGAAGGGGAGGGGGAGAAUUCGCGCGGACCGGACGGGCUCCGGUGGAGGCGGGGGCAGAGGGGCUCGGCGCGCAGCGAGAAUUUGGCGGUGGAACAGCAGGCGGAAGAGAAACCCGACGGUUGGGAGUUUGUUGGGUCGAGUGGCGAUUCUUCAGGUUCCGGAGACGAGGGUUCGAAUCCUCACGAGUUCACAUUUUCGGCGGAAAACAGUGUGAUGGUGGACCAAGUGCGAAUGCUGCAGCACAUUCACUCCUGCGCGCACGCGGAAGAUGAGGUUGCAGGGGGGGAUGCGGGGGGGAUAAUGCGCGCGACCGCGGGGGGAAUGAAGCCGCGCGUGCUGAAAGCGAGCACGCCGAUUCGUGAUAUUUAUAAAUCGGAAGGUCCUAUCGACGAGGAUGUGGUGUGCAUGCAGGCCGACUGGCCGCUGACGUGGACGCACAUCACGCUUGCGACUGGCGUGUCGGUGGGCUCCGGGAUUGCCGGGCCCGAGGACGUCACGAUGCUGACUCAGGCGACAACUUGCACCGCCAUUCUGUGCUUGCAGGGCGAGGAGUCCUUGGAGUCGUUCGGAGUUAACUGGAAGGCGGUUCAGGAGCAGGCGGAGCAGUGUGACGUCGCCAUGUUCCGUGUUCCCGUGCCAGAGUUCGACCAGCAGAAACAGGUUGCUGGGAUGGUGGAGGCGGUGCGUCUCCUGGCAUCGCUGCUAGUGACAGGUCACAGGGUCCACGUGGCAUGCGCUACAGGGAAGAACUGCAGCCCGCUGGUCGUGCUAGGCUACUUGACGUUCUUCCAGGGCCUAGCAUGGAGCGAGGCCAAGGCCAUGAUAGUCGACAGCGUUCCGUCCGCGGAUCCGUCGCACGAGGCAUGGGAGCAGGCUCGUCUCGUUCUGUCAGCGGCAGAUGGGGUGGGCGCGCACAGGAUGACGGAACUAGCAGAGGAGCAGUACCAGCGGCGCAUAGAGCAGGGCGCGGGCGCGGAGGGCGGGGGGCAGACGGCGAGGGAUGACUGGGAGGAGGCGCAGAGGCGGCUCAUCACUGAGACGCUGCAGCACAGGGUGUCCGCGGACGUGACCAUCUCGCAGUCUCUCUCCAAGGCGGCAUCUCGCCAGGCGUCAUCUCCCAAGCCAAAGGAGGUGCAGCAGAGCUUCGCUCCCGUGGCCGACCCGCAGAUAGCGCCUCCACUGGAUACGCCCUUCCAGCAGCCGCACAUACUCGACUCGGUCUACUCCUUUGUCAACGACCAUCACGCCCACACAUGGCCCCUCACUGCCCCACCUCCCGCCGACGCCCCUCCUGCCCACGACCUCUCCGCUCUUGCUGCCUCUGAGGGGACUGGCUUCCCAGGGGGGGGUGUACUGGACGGGGAGGGUGUUGUGGGGGAGGUGGCAUCUGGAGUGGAGGAGCGCAUUGCUCUGCUGGAGCAGAAGCACCUGGCGGCCAUGGCUGCUGCUCGAUCCGCCACAGAACAGGUGCGAUUCUUCAUGCAGCACGUGAGUGAGCUGAGGGAGAGCGAGACAGCAGCUCGCAUGGAGGCAGCAGCAGCACACGAGCGCAUUGCGCUGCUCACCGCCCAGCUUUCGGAAGUUUCCCAGGAACUUUCUCUCCUUCAGGAGCGGGAGCGGGAGCUUUUAUCGGCCCACGAAGCAGCCGAGGCGAAAGCACAGGCAGCGGAAGAGCGGGCUGCGGAAUUAGCCAAUAGAAUCGCUCAGAUGGAAGAAAUGGAAGCUGCAGCUAAGGAAGCAGCAGCGGUGGCUUUGGAGCGAAUGCAGGCGCUGGCCGAACAGGUGAAGGAACUUUCCGAGAAGGAGCGUACGGCUGCCGCACGGAUGGGCGAGAUGGAGACGAGGCUGGAGGAAGCUUCCGAGAAAGCGGCGGCGGAUCACGACCUGAUGGUGAAGCUGGAAGACCGGGCGGAACGGGCAGAAAAAGAAGCGAGGAAAGCGCAGGAGGCGCUAGGGGCAGCGAACGAGCGGGUGAAAUUUUUCUUCCGGGUGAUGAGAGGGCUCCGGGAUAGGGAGCGAGCGGCGAAAGAAGCUAUGCAUGCUGCGACUGACAGGCUUGAAGCUGCUGUGACUGAAGCGGAGAAUCUCCGGAGGAAGGACGAGUUGAUGCGAGAGGCGUGGGCGGUGGCGAGUGAACGGAUCGAGCUGCUGACGCGGCAGGUGCAGCAAGUGGAAGGGCUGAAAAUGGAGGUGAAAAGAGAGGCGGUGGAUGCUGCGAAAGUGUUUUUGCAUGAGAGUGACGAGCACCGGCUGAUGGUUGUGAGGGAGGAGUUGAGCGCAGCGGAGGAGAGGGAGAGGAUGCUGCAGGCGCAGUUGGAGAGGCUGGGUGCUGAGCUGGCGGCGGCAAGAGAUGACAUGGCGGAGCGUGACGCCAGGCUGGCGGCAGUGGCUGCUGAGGUGGCGGAGAGGGAGCGUGCGGUGGAGGAGAGCCGGGCGGCGAUUGGGGCGGCAGAGAAGAGGAUCAAGGAGCUGGAAGAGCAGCUUGCGGGCGCCCGCAACGCCGCUGCUGCUGCGAGCGAACGGAGCGCUUUCCUCAUGCGGCAAGUGGCUCGGUUGAAAGGGACCGCCGCUGCUGACGCUGUGGCGCGAUCAGGGGGAGGAGGGGGAAAGGGGGAAGGGUCGAGCUCGAAACACAAGGUGGCGGCUUUAGAGGUGGAGAUUCGGGCACUGGAGAAACGUGAACGCGCAGCUCGGGCAGAAGCGGAGGCCGAAAAGGCCCGGGUGCGGGAGCUCGAGGCGCAGGUCGGGCAGCUGGAAAGCAAGGAGCGGGCAGCCCGGGAAAAACUCCAGUCGUCUCAGGACCGGGUGGGGUUCUUCCUGCGGCAAGCGGUGGAGCUGAGGGAAAGAGAGGGCGCGAGUAAGAGCGCGCUAAAAGAAACUUUUAAGAAAGUGGAGGGGCUGUCGCACCAAGUGGGGUUGCUGCAGGGGGAGUUGGCGCGGGCUAGCAGGGAGUCUGGGAAGUCUACUGAUACUGUGGAGAGGCUUCAGCAACUUACACUGGAGCUGAAAGAAAGGAUCCACGAGACGUCUCGAGUGGCCAGCAGCAUCAAGAAGGUUCCUGGGUCGUCCAGGAUCAAUGGAUUCGAGCGAAACGGAGCAGGGCUUGGGGUGCUCAAGGCUCCUGAACUCACUGCUUCAGAUGCAGCUGCCAACAAUGGCGCUAGUAAUGGAGCUGCUGCUAGUAAUGGUGCUGCUGCUUCAAGAAACGUGAAAGGGGAGAAGGAGAAGAAGGAUGAUGACAAUGACGACUUCUUUGGAGGGUCGGGCAGCGGGGGAGGAGGGGGAGGGGGCAGAGGAGUGCCAGCAGCACAAGGGAAGGCGAGCAGCAGUGGGUCGCGUGCAGCUUCUCCCUCCUUUAAAUCUCUGAAGGCAACCCAACACCCCACACAACCCAGCAGCACCGCGUUCUCCUCCUUCCAGCAAGCAGCAGCAGCAGUCACAAUAGCAGCAGCAGCAGCAGUCACAGCGGCAGCAGGAGCAACAGCAGGAGAGUACACAGCCGAACUCUCAGACACAGCAACGCUGGUUGCCAUGGUUACCACCCUCCAGUCCCAAGCCUCCUCUCUCCGAGCCUCCCGCCAAACCGCCCUCGCCUCCGUGGCAGCCUCCCAUUGGCCGUUCCAAUCGCUGCCAGUUUACGCUGCCCCGGUUAGUGCCUCUUCGAGCAACAAAAGAAAGGGAGGGAAAGCGAAUGACGGGAAGGUGGAGAAGGGAGGAGUAGAAGUCGGGUGGUGGAUGGACCAAUCGCAGUCCCUGAAAGCAGAUGAUGUUUCGCCUGCUGCUCUCUCUCCCUCUUCCCCCGCCUCUCCUUUGGACUCCUUUCGAAGAGCCCUCACCACUCUGGCUCUCCCCAUCCCCUUCCACCAACUGGGAAUGAGGAAGAAGGGGUCUGCGGAACCUGCAGCAGGAGAUGCUGCACCAGAAGGGCCUUCCCCAGUUGACGGCAACCGACCGCCGUAUCAAGACUCGUGCCCCUUUCUGUUCAACUUGACCCGUUGCACUACGAACGGCCGGCCGGACAACUCGUACGUUCGCUACUCGUGGUAUUCGACAAGCUGCAAGAGAAUAGUGCGGUUCAACCGAACUCACUUCGGACAGCUAAUAAAGAACAAGCAGAUCGCGAUCAUCGGCGACUCGCUCACGAGCGCUAACUUCGUGCCGUCACUGCUGUGCCAGAUUAACCAGCUGUACUGGGUGAGUCCGAAGCCCGAGCUGCGCACGUUGGAUGGCGGCGCGUGGUCCAAGGAUUCGCCCGAGGCGGUGGCUUACGUGUACUCGAUCCCCGAUCUCAACGCCAAGAUCGUCAUGCUCUGGGACGACUACCUCGUGCGCAUCAACCAGAACGCUACAAUGCUGGCAAAGGUCGGAGGAAUCACGGACCCCAAGCCGGCUGACUGUCUGAUAGACGUCACCACGCCCAACCCGCAGUGGGCGCGCUACCUGGACGAGUGGGACGCUGUGCUGCUCGAAACCACCACGCACUGGCGGUCGCUCUCUAAAGGGCCGCGAAUGGUCUACACAAACGAGAAUUGGAACAAACUGAGCCUCGACCAGUACCAGGCGCACAGCCAAGCUCUCACGAGCGUUCGCACGCACUUCAGCAAUCGAAAGAAGCUGGGGAAGCAGCUGCCAGUGCCUUUUUUCAUGACGGCCCCCCCUCAGCACAACGCCAAGAAGGUUGGCGGCAAGGGCGUGUGUGGGUCACCUGGUCGAAUGCUGAACGCGAAAGAGAUGGGCAAGCUACAGCGAACCAACGUGCAGAUGAAGCUCUUCCUGCCCAUCCAACAACGGGUCUUCACUCCGACCUCGGGCGUUCGUCGCAUGGACAUCACCACUAUGAGCGCCUUUCGGCCCGAAGCACACAUCGGCGGAUUCAUGGGCGGGGUGAGUGUGAUGACUGAUGAGGCCAUAAUGGGGCUGUGA